AUGAGCCUGAGUGGCCAUCUGGCGGCAGCGCAGUUCGUUGACUAUCACCUCGGCGGUGAAGUCAUUCACGGAUGGGACUGUAACCUGAAAAUUUUUAUCAUAGACUUGAAGCAAGGAACCUUAGUAUCACUUGCAUUUCACUUUCCCGCCAGUACCUGCAAGUUCAAUAAUUCACCGAUGCAACGUCAAUCUCUGACAGAUGACUUUUCAGCAUACGUCAAUUCCGCACUCGCAAUGCUGAAUGCGCGCCGCCAUAUCAAAGAAUCUGGCCAAGGUGAGGCUUGGACGUUGGGCACUGGAGAAGACAUUCCAAUGCAGGUAUCUCUGCAUAAGGAAAGCUCGGCAACGGGAUCAAUGAAAGAGUGGUCAUCUGUCGAUAAUGGCAGUGUCAAACUCGAAAACAUGGACGUCAGAGGCGAUGGGACCAGCUUCAUGCAUAGCAUGACGAUGCUGAUAGCCCGGAUUCUGUGCAGUAUCCUCAUUAAAAGAUAUUGCACCAACUCAGUGGUACCCGGUGACUCAAAUUACCAUCAGCGACGUCCGCUUGGACCAUUGCUUCCCAUGGAGCUCUGGGAUAUGAUCAUAGAUCUCUUGCGCUACGACCCCAGCACGCUGCACAGCUGCGAAACGGUGUGCAAAUCUGGGUCCUACCGAAUCAAAAAACAUCUCCCACGAAGUAGCGUCCUAACGUUUCGUAAUUGUCACGACGUCUCGCGCAUGCGGCGAAACGACUCGCGAUCAUGGACACCGCCGGAAAUCAUCGUGACAGGCGAGGAUAGAAGGCGAUCGCUUUCGCAUCUCACCGCCGUUCUAGCCAUGUAUGCGUGGAAUCUAGAGCUGAAUGCCCUUACGAUCACACAUGGCAAUUGGCGCACAGCUCUGUGGUGCGAGAUCCCUCCCCCGGAUUUCUCUGUCCCAGAUCUGGAUACAUGUUCACUCCGUGUACUCGCGGACUGUGUGCUUGCUGCCACAUCUAGCCCAGUUCUUAGACUGCGAUUGCGCAGGACGGGCUUAGUGCCUCCCGAGAAGCCUGCGCUAGGUCUCACUCAUCUCCUCAAAGCGACGGGACUAGCACUUCAGGACCUGAGUCUGGAAAUAUAUGGAAGCAUAGGCAUAUCGCCGAGCGAUGCCAACGCCAACGCCAACGCCAGCGACCGCCAUGCUAUACCAAGAUUGCGUACUGCUUUCGUCGCUCUUGAUCUGAUCCUAUCUCAUCGCCGUCGGCACAAUCUCCGUCGUGUAUAUGUCGGGGUUGUCACCUGUAGAGCAACCGAGGAGGACCAAGUAAUAACCCAGUCAGAUCUCGUGCUCUGGCUGGUCCAAGAAGAGAACCCUGGUCCCGACGUAGAACAGCUCGCGCGAAGCCGCUGCACGCGGUUGAACGCAAUCACUUCGCCGCCCGUCUCGUGGCCAGAGUACACGGGGGAGCGGGCCACAGCAUACGCAGAACGACAGAUAGCGAGAGCGGGAGCGAGUAGUGGAUGGAGCAAGGGCAAAGCGGAUGAACGCACGCCCUGGGCCAUAAUUUGGCGGGAGGGAUGGUAUCGUCGCGAACGAGGCACACGCAUGCGCGUAGAGAGGGAGGUCGAGACGUCCUUGGAAAGAUCGAGCAGGGGAAAAGGGUCAAUGGCCAGUCUCAGACCUGCAGAGCCUCUUGUCGCACAGAACGACGGAGUGAUUGAGAUAGACCAGGGGCGUCCUGAGGUCGUGAAGGGGUCUUUCUCCGCACCCAGCGCGAGCGAGGGACCUAUAUAA